GGGCGGGCACCGCCCCGCGCCCAGGUCGGAGCCCGGAAGCCCCGAGGCCCUGGUGGCGGUGGGGCCAUGGCGGGUGUGGGGCCGCAGCGGUUGCUCCAGCCCCUGCUGCUCCUUCUCGUCUUCUCCGCCUCGCCCACCGCCGCGGCUCUGCGGCUGCUGCUGGGCGCCGCGCCGCCCUUCACCUGCUCCCAGCCGGAUUUAAACUGUCAUGUAAGAAAUAGUACCUGCAUGGAGGAGAGCUGGCUGCGGGUUCCCAUGUGGACUCCUUCUGCUCCAAGCAGUCUUCAUGUCUCUUCUGAUGUUUUCCAUCAGAUGGAUGGAGACCUCCUCCCUGUGAUUCGAGUAGAAUGGAAAGUGGCCACUGAUGCUAGCAUCCGCUAUCUCCGAGGGGCAGAGCUGGCUGUGAUGCAAGUGAGCAGCAAUCAACAGAUCUGCGCCCAGUUCGACUUUCAGAACAACUUGACACUUCAGGUCCGUCCAGAUGGAGGCCGGUGGAAUUUCACUUUUGACCGUUUUGAAGUGGAACCUGGCCAGACUUACCAAGUGACUGUCUACCACCUGCCCAAACUGGGUGUACCUGGAGACUACAAUUGCAAGUCCACAUCUCUCACAAUGCCUGACUGCAAGGACUCUCUAAUGAAAAGAACCAUCCCAUGUAUAAAAACAGGCAGUUUGUGGGAGCCCAAGAUCCAAGGUAAAAUUCUAGAUGAUACAACUCUGCUUGUGAGCUUUAACCCAUGGAUGGAGCCAGCCCGAUACCAAAUUCAUGUGGCCAGUUUCUUGAAUGAGAAGAAGUGUAAAAUGAUCACACGUGAUUUCACUGAGGGUGGACUGCAACAGCAAGUGAAUGUCACAAUCAAAAUAGAGAAGAACAUAAGAGCUUGCUGCAACUACAAAAUACAGAUUCAGCCAUUCUUUACGAACUGUGGCACAGACUGUCUGAGACACUCCACUUUCAUCCCAUGUUCACCAGCUCCAAGUACAGACCCAUCAGGUGAUAUGAUUAUAUGGCUCUACUGGUGUAUCACUGGGAUCUGUGUGUUACUGGUGGGAUCAGUCAUAGCAGGUGUGAUUUGUAUGACCAAAAAACGAGCAGGACACCGACGAGGGAAAUGCAGCCACAAUGACUUACAAACUGCAGCACCAUAUACCGACCUUCCUCUCCCACCCUUGAAGCCCCGAAAGGUUUGGGUUGUAUACUCUGCUGAUCACCUGCUGUACGUGGAUGUGGUGCUGAAGUUUGCUGAAUUUCUGAUGACAGUUUGUGGCACUGCUGUAGCCUUAGAUCUGCUAGAAGAUCAAAAUAUCUCAGAGUUAGGGCCAUUACCCUGGCUUACUCGACAGAAGAAGGAAAUGGAAGACCUGUCUUCAAAGAUCAUCAUCUUAUGUUCACGGGGCACCCAGGCGAAAUGGCAGGCCAUGCUUGGGAGUGAGCCUGUGUGUCUCAAGCAAGAUCAGCAAAAGCCAAUGGGAGACCUGUUCACCCCAGCCUUGAAUUUGAUCCUGCCGGAUUUCAAGAAGCCGGCCUGUUUUGGAAUGUACAUAGUCUGCUAUUUUGAGGGGAUUAGUAGUGAGAAAGAUAUACCUGACGUGUUCAAUGUCACAUCCAGGUACCAGCUGAUGGACAAGUUUGAGGAUAUUUAUUUUCGGAUUCAGGAGUUGGAGAAGUUUGAACCUGGGCGCAUCCAUCGAAUCCAGGAAAUCACAGCUGAAAAUUACAUUGAUACCCCUAGUGGGAGGAAGUUGAAAGAGGCAGUACAGAAGUUCAAGAACUGGCAGAUGGAGCACCCAGACUGGUUUGAGAGUGAAACUAUCUGUGUGGAUAAUGAUGAAGAGUUGCAGUCCCUAAGCAAAGAGAGCCAGGUGGAUUCAUUGCUAAGUGAACCAGGUGGAAUUGUGAAACACCAGCUUCACCUGCGGGAGCCUGACCCUAACUGCUGUUGUGUCAUCAACCUCCACAUGCAUGAAGGUGAAAGUAGAGGCUGUAAACUGCAACCUCAGCUUAAUCCGUGUGGGGAUCCAACUUCUCAGACUGUGAUCCUUACUAUGGAUGAGGCUCCUCUAGUUCAGGUGGUGGAGCCAGUCUCUUCUAUGGAAGAUGGAAAUAUACUCAGUCAUCAUGUGAUGAGUAAUGAGGAUUGUAUGGUAGGAGUUCCUCUUCUGGAGACAAGCUUUCCAAUGAGGAAUGACAUCAUCCUCCAUGAUGAGUCUGAAGUUUCAGCAAUAGAUGAUGAGAGUCCUGCAAACCUCUCAGGUGAACUCAGACACCAUCUGAAUGGACUCAUGUACUCUUUUUAUCAGCAGAGCGUCAUUCCUUCAGAGCCAUCUCUCUGCCAAGAGGAGGCUGACAGGCAACACCAGUUGGUCUUUGAUGACCAAAGCAAAGACCAAAGACAGUCAGUGCAGUCAGACCAAGGCUACAUCUCUAGAUGUUCUCCUCUGCCUCCUGAUGACCUUGUGGAGGAGGAGGAGGAAGAAGAGGAAGAGGAGGAUCAGGAAGGACAGGCAGUCUUCCAUGAACUCUCUCCAGAGGUCCUGAACAGUCUAAAGAGCCUCCAGCAGCAGCUAUUUCUCCAGGACAUUCAGCGAAGCUCUGACUGGGGGUAUCGAGUGGAGGUGAUGGACAUUGGCCAACCUUUGGAGGACUGUUAGGCUCUAUCUUGGACCUGCUCCAUUUGAAACACAGGGAUGGAAGAUGGUACCACACACAGUGCUGAAACUGCAUUUCCAACACCAUUCUCAUCCUUGUAUUGUAAAUGACUCACUGGUGGGAUCUUCCUGUCUGCUGCUAGGAGGCAGGGUUGCCCCACUGACUGGUAAUGUUGCUUCCCAUCUCUGUGGAGAGAAGCAACAAAUAUCAGCCACCCCCAUGAAAGAGCAGGCAGUAGUUCUGUUCCUUGGGGAAAUGUAUCACAUUGCAUCCUUGCUGACGGAUGGCAGAAAAACUAAUGUGGCUCAUCCACUUGUGCCUUCAAAAUACUGGUUCUGUUGCACUGGGUAAAAGUCAUGGCCAGAGUUUUUUUGUAAAAUAGAUUUAGAAAACAUGGCAAAAUUUGCAUUGCCAUUUUAAAUAUUUUGUUGUAAAUGCUAUGUUAAAGAUGUGUGCCUUAAACUUCAGCUACGUUAUGGCUGUCUAAACUUCAGCUACUUUAUGGUUGUCUCUACCUGGUUGAUACAUGUAUCUGGAGAUUUUUUCUUUUGCCACUCUUUCAUUCAUUGGCAACUGCAUUUUCAUGGCCAUUCAGAAAUCAAGUGGAAUAACUGAGCAGUUAAGUGGGAUAAACUUCUAAUUAGGGAUGUCUUCAUAACUCUCCCUACCUGGCUACUAGAAGAUAUGUUCUUGAAAACCAGCAAUAGGAGGAAGCGGGGGCGAAAGGAUAAAGGACCAAAAAAUGGGAUUUGAGUUUAUUAUACAAUUAUAAGCAUCUGCAGUUGAGUACAGAAUUACUGAAUCAGGGGAGUCUGGUGUACUAUAUAACAUGCUACUGUUUUCUUUUGAACAUCAUAGCACCAAGAAGACUUGGACUGAAGAUCUAGGUAGUUUCACACAAUUUAUGGAAAUUAAAGACUCUUUUGGAGGGGAAAAAAGUGUAGCUUCAGCAGGUACCAUUUUAGAGUGAAUAUUAUAACUGAGUUGGGGAGAAAUGGGUGUAAGAUGUACUUACGUGGUUAUAAACUUAAGCACAGGUAGUCCAGACUAACCAUUGUGAAAGACUGAAUAGACUAAGGGGUUUAUCUUCCAGGAACAGUAAUGGAAACUCUAUCGUUUCCAGUGUUUUUAAAAGAUUGGGCUUGGUGCCCUGUAACAAAUGGUUCACUGCAAGUGAUUGCAUGUUGGCCCAUGUGACUCUGCGUAGUGGACUAGUCAAGGCUAUUUAUCACGGCUUCUGCAGUCCAGCCCACUGGGUAACAGCUUGUGAGAUGUAAAGACAUCCAGGCCUUCUUCCUUUGUCCAGACAAGCUUGUCAUCUUCCUGUCCUUCUAAGUUUACUUGUCAAAAAAAUGUUAAGAGAAUUUUACUUCAACUUUUUAAAAAUCUGAUAUCUCAGAAGAUAAUCUGUUCUUUCGACUUGCAACCAAUAUUGUAUUAUGUAUAUUUUAUAAUUUUAUUUGUUUAUAACUUGUGUUUUGUUCCUUAAAUUAAAAUAAUACUUUUGGAUAUA